CGCCCACCGCGCUCAACGGUGUGCCGUCACGUCCGGUGGUCUCGAGCUCGGAGAAGAUGGCGGCUGUCGUAGUGAACGCUGACGGAGGCGUCGCGCCGCUGGACCCGGACUCUGCGUCGCCGCGGACCCCGUCUCCAGCGCCGGAGCAGCCGCUGCAGAACAACGCGCUGCUGGGGCUCCCGAUCGUGGCCAUCGAGAACAUCCUCGGCUUCCUGUCGUACGACGAGAUCAGCCUGCUGCGGCUGGUGUGUAAGCGCAUGGAUGUGGUUUGCCAGCGCGUGCUCAACCAAGGCUUCCUGAAAGUGGAGCGCUAUCACAGCCUGUGCCAGAAGCAGGUCAAAGCCCAGCUGCCCAGGCGGGAGUCGGAGCGGAGGAACCACUCGUUGGCGCGUCACGCAGACAUACUGGCGGCGGUGGAGACGCGCCUGUCGCUGCUCAACAUGACCUUCAUGAAGUACGUGGACUCAAACCUCUGCUGCUUCAUUCCUGGAAAGGUGAUCGAUGAGAUUUAUCGUGUUUUGCGAUAUGUGAACUCCACACGCGCGCCGCAGAGAGCUCACGAGGUGCUGCAGGAGCUGCGAGACAUAUCCUCCAUGGCCAUGGAGUACUUCGACGAGAAGAUCGUCCCCAUCCUGAAGAAACGGCUUCCCGGAGCGGAUCUCUCCGGACGACUGAUCGGAUCUGCUCCGGUGGCCGGUCCCUCUACCUCUCUGACCACCAUGUCCCUGUUGGCCAAAAACACUCCGUCUCGCUCAGAGAUGACGAAGGUGCAGCAGCAGGUGAAGGUGAACGGCGCGUCGAUGACGGCGCUGCGGCGCGAGAUGCAGGAGGUGCGGGUCAAGCAGCUGGAGCAGCAGAAGCAGCUGCAGGAUCAGGAGCAGAAGCAGCUGGAGCAGUCGCAGGUGAUCGGAGAGCAGAACGCCCGGCUGGCCGAGCUGGAGCACAAGCUCAGGGAACUGAUGGAGAGUGCUGCGGCGGCCUCCAGCUCCUCCUCCACCCCUGCGGCGUCCUCCUCCUCCUCUGCCACCAUGAGCCCAGCAGCCGAGGGCGAGAGCGGCCUGUGUCUCAAACGCCCCCGCAAGUGCUCGGACCUCCCGCGUCACUCCAAACGCCUGCGUAGCAAGAAAUAGAGGGACGUUUCUCUAUCAUCAUUUCUUUUUUUUUUUUUCUUUUUUUUUUUUUAAGGGAUAGUUC